UCCACUUGCGUUGCAGCGAGCCCCUCGAAUUGGACUGAAUUGGACUCAACCAUCCCAUCCCAACCCAAGCUCACCACAUUUCCUAGUUGCUACUCGGCCCGGGCACCAACCAGCACCGAUUCCCAUGAAUAUUAGGAGCCGCAUUCGCGCACAUCUCCAAUCCUAUACCCCGACCCCUCAUCCAAACAGCUACGAGAGACUGAACCAAGCAGACGACCCAAAAUGCCUGCCGACGAAAUGGAACUCGACGAGCCUCAGGCUCUUGACGCGGGCGCCUCGUCGUCAGCAAACGACAACAGCUCAGCAAAGCUCGCGGCGAUGCAGACACAGACCAAGGCGACGGCGGUGCGUUCAAUCGAAGGUUGGAUCAUCAUGGUGACCAACGUACACGAGGAGGCCGACGAGGAGGCCAUCCACGACAAGUUUGGCGAGUUUGGCGAGAUCCGGAACGUACAUUUGAACCUGGACCGGAGGACGGGCUACGUCAAGGGCUACGCGCUGAUUGAGUACACGACUCUGGAGGAGGCGAGGGCAGCCAUUGAUGGCGCCAACGGAACGCAACUGCUGGAUCAGACAGUGAAUGUGGACUUUGCGUUUGUGCGUCCCCCGCCAGGCAAGGCGAAUACGCGGCCCGGAGGUGGGAGCGGUCCGGCAAGAGCAUCCACCCGUGGGGCAAGGAGCGGAAGGAGUCGAAGCCGGAGUCCAGGCGGCGGAAAGGAGGAUGUUUUGUGAAGUGAGGCGAAGAUGGCUGAUGCUAUGAGCAAGAGGGCUCUGAGAGCUUUUGUCUAGCCUGGGCUGGCUGGAUACUAUGGCAAGGGUGUCAUGAAAAAAAGACAGCCGUCGUGUCAUCGAAGGGGCAUAAGACACGUCGGCUGUUUGCUUUAAUCACUUGACGGACCGCGGGAAAGUCGCUCCAGCAACUAUCCGGGAUCGAAAGUGUUUGGGGCUUGAGGCAAAAAA